AUGGCACCUGCUCCUGAACCAGUAGCACAGCCAAUGUCAUGGGACAAAACUCGUCACUCAUUCAUCAGAGGGAAUCCACCGUCAUUUGCAGGGUCCACAGAUGUCAUGUUAGCAUAUCAGUGGAAACAGGAAAGCAAACGUCAUCUUCGGAUGGUAGUCUGUACCAAAGUGCAGAAACAGAUGCUAGAUACUUUUAUACUGAUAGGCAAUGCGUUGCAGUGGUGGGAGUCUAUCACUACCAUUGAAGAGAGGACCAGAUUGACAUAUGCUGAAUUUCAGACUCGCUUUGAUAACAAGUAUUUUCCCUUAUCAGUAAGAUCUGCAAUGAAGACCGAAUUUCUAGAUCUACAGCAGGGGGAUAUGACCGUGGCUGAAUAUGAACAGAGGUUCAUUAAUUUGUCUUUGUUCGCACCAGAGGAGGUGAAUACUGAAGAAAAGAAGAGAGACCAUUUUGUUAAGGGGUUAAUAUGGUAA